CUCUGGUCCUAGGACUGCGGUUUUAAGCUCUGGUCCUAGGACUGCGAUUUCAAGCUCUGGUCAUAGGACUGCGGUUUCGAACUCAGGUCUUAGGAGCGCAUUUGCAAACUCUAGUUCUAAUC